AAGUUGGUGGCCUGGGGGGACAAUGACUUUGGACAGCUUGGGGUGUCAGAACAAAUGAUGAACCAUUCUCUAACAGAUGUGCAGCAGACCUUCGACUUGCGAGUAGAGGACAUGGCGUGUGGAUCUGCCCAUUCUGUGAUUCUCUCCGAUGGCAAGGUAUUCACUUGGGGACAAAACAAACACGGCCAGCUAGGUCAUGGGCCAAGCGAUUAUCUUGGUAGUCUUGGUCCUACGGCAAAAACAGAUGGAAAAUGUGUCCAGGUAGCAGCGGGAUACAAUUUCUCGAUGGCUCUUACGGAUAGGGGUGAGAUCUUUGUGUUCGGGGAGGGAAGACAUGGAGUUCUGGCUCAAGGCGACGAGCUCUCAAAAAGCAGCCCUCAAGUCAUCGACUCGCUCUCGGUACCAGGAUAUGUUGUGGAUAAGAUAUUCUGCGGUGAACGACAUUGCGCUUGUAUCGUUCGAUAUGGACAGGCACUCACGUGGGGAUGCGGCAGCGACGGUCAACUCGGCCAUUCUUCUCGCGACGAUGAGCAUUUCCCAAGGAAGGUAGAGCACUUGGCGAAUGUUUCUGUUCGAACAAUAUCCUGUGGUUCAAAGCAUACUUGUUUCCUUACUUCAGAUAACUCCUUGUACACCUGCGGAAACGGAAAAGAUGGAAAGCUUGGCCAUGGAGAUGAAAGAUCAUAUUUAUAUCCGAAGAAAGUCGAGACGUUGCAAGCAGUCAAAGAGGUUUCUUGUGGCGACUAUCACACUGCCUGCAUUGAUGGAAAAAGUAUUAUUUACACGUUUGGAAGUGGAACAAGAGGACAACUAGGG